CUUUAAGCAGUUUAACAGCCUUAAGCCAGGCAAAACCAAAACCACAAACUGAAGAUUUACCAUUAAAUUCAAUAAAAAAUUUUAAAAAAUAAAUAAAAACAACAAAUUUAUAUAAAAAACUAUUAAAAAUUCAAUACCUUGUUUUCCCAAAAUUCUACUACCAAAAAGUGAAAAAUUAAAAAAAAAAAUCUAAAAAAUUCUUAAACAUGUUUUUAUAACUUCAUUUGGCUUUCUGCAAACUCUGGACUAUUGUUUGUAAACCGCCCAGGGAAAUUUUUAACACACCUUUAAAAAAAAGGACAGCGUAAAACAAAAACAUUUUGCCGUCGGCAAAAUUUCUUUACCCAUAACUAUGCAAGCCACCAAAAUGCGUACUCCUUUUGCCAUACAGGAAAUUCUUGGUCUAGGAGUUGGUUCAGCUGCUGCGGCUGCUGCCGCCGGUUAUCCACAUCCCGUACACUUGCACCAGCAUCCCGCCGCUGCUGCCUUGCCACCUGUCGUCACCACACCGCCCCCCUCAACUCACAACUCCAGCUCGGGCAGCAAUAGUUCCCAACAACAUAUGGCCGCCCAGCAGCAACGUUUGUCCACCUCAUCACCGCCACCGGCCCAUACACCCAACGAUUGCAAUAACGCACCCAUCUCACCUGCCUCCUCAACAACACCGGGUCGACAUCGCGACUCACGCUCCAUAUCUCCGGAUGUGACACGUCUAUCGGCUGCUGCUGCGGCAGCCGCUGCAGCAGCUCAUGUGCAAUUACCUGUUUUUAAUCCGGCCAAUUUUUAUGCAGCCGCCGGUUAUGGUGAUCAUGCUGGACCCUUGAAUGUGGCCGCCCAUCAUCAUCAUAUGACCACUUUGGCGGCAGCAGCUUAUCUAAGGGGAUUUCUGCCGCCGGGUUUUAGUACACCGCAUGAAUUUCGGGGACAUUUUCAGCAACAUUUUGGCACACAAUUUGCGGAUCAAGCCUCUAGGGCCAGUGGAGACUAUGCCGCAGCUCUGAAUAAUAAUAACAGCAACAAUGACGAGAACUCCCCCAGCAAAAAUAGUUCAGCUAGUAGCCAAAAUAACAACUCAUCCUCCUCCAACAAUACACCGAAUUCAACGAAUAAUGCCGCAAAUCAGCCAAACACCCCCACCAGACCCACACUAUCGCCAGCCGAGCAUGCAGCCGCGGCAUUGGCCCAUCAUGCGGCCGCAGCUGCAGCAGCCCACCAUGCACACUCGCACUCCCAGCAUCAUGGCCAUCCUAUGACGGCGCAUCAUGCGGCGGCUGCCGCCGCUGCAGCCCAUCAUCAUGCCCAUGCCCACAAUCCCGCAGCACACCAUGAAGCUUUCCUCAAUGGUGCAGCCGGUGCAGGGGCAAAUGGCCUGCUAGGCCAUCACCCAGCCACAGGGCCAGAUGGUGUGCUUCUGGGUCCCGCUGGUAGCAGUAAAAAGAAGAACAAACGUCGUCAUGGUCGUACCAUUUUCACAAGUAAUCAAUUGGAAGAGUUGGAAAAGGCAUUCAAGGAUGCCCAUUAUCCAGAUGUCAGCGCUAGGGAAUUGCUAUCAAUGAAAACUGGUUUAGCCGAAGAUCGUAUACAGGUCUGGUUCCAAAACCGAAGAGCUAAAUGGCGUAAAACUGAGAAAUGUUGGGGCCACAGCACCAAAAUGGCCGAAUAUGGUCUCUAUGGAGCCAUGGUACGACAUUCACUGCCUCUACCCGAAACUAUUAUUAAAUCAGCCAAAGAAGAUGAGUCCGUGGCCCCUUGGCUAUUGGGAAUGCACAAGAAAUCCCUGGAAGCAGCCGAAGUUCUCAAGUCUGAUGACAGUGACCGUGAAACACCCACCUCUGAUGACACAAAUACCUCUUACUCAGCAGGCAGCACGCACAACUCGCCCAUAUCCUCCUUUUCAAUAUCACGACUGCUAUUCGAUAACAGCAAUCCGCAUCAUCAUCACCAUCCACAUCAUCAUCAUCAUGGCAAACAUAAAGGACAAACAGGACAUGGUUCGGGAAGUGGGGUGGGACAACUGCCACACGAUAUUAUGACCAAUGCCCACCAUACAGCAGCCAUGCAACAUCAUCCCUAUAAUCAACAGCAGCAUUUGCACCAUCUGCAACAAUUGCAUCAACAGCAUCAGCAACAUCAACAACAACAGCAGCAGCAACAACAACAGCAUCAGCAUCAAUUAAUGAUGGCCGAGGCGGCAGAAUUGCAUCGAAGGCGUCAAGAAGAAUAUCAGCGGGAACAACAACAGCAGCAGCAACAACAACAACAACAACAGCAAAGAGAACUUUCACACCAACAGCAGCAACAACAGAAAACCUACGAUGAAGAUGAUCUCAUAGCCGAUCCCGAUGUGGACCCCGAUGAAGAUGACGAUUGUGAUAAGGAGGAGAUAGACAUAUGUGAUGAUCCCGAAGAGGAUCAAUUAAAGGAUUUAAAAAUGAUCAAACGUGAGGAGGUGGAAAAUAGAUGAAAUUUAUUUAUAGAUGUUCUCUUGUAAACCGUAGGUGUUACUUUCUAAAAGUUUCUUGAGAGAUUUUUUUUUUGGAAAUUCUUGAAAAAGUGAAAUGGGGCUGGAACCCCGGAAUUUAUGGUUUUUGAAAUUUCGUUUCCAAAACAAUGUGAGGAUGGAGAUGGAAGAAAGAUAAAGUGUAAAAUCUAAAAGAGUUUUGGGAGACUGCUGCAUCAACAACAGCUGUAUUUUGUAAUUUACAGCGGGACACCGGCUUCCAAAUCCGUAUGCCUGUGUUUUGGGAAUAAUUUCAUUUAAUUCGACUUAGUAUCCUGUAGUAGGUGUUACUGAUUACUUUUUAAGAAUUGUCACAAUUCCUGUUAUUGCUUUCCGCUACCUCUUAUAAGUGUAUCCUUGGAAGCUAUGUUCAUUAUGCACUAUAUUUGCAUUUAUAAAGGGACAUUUACACUUAAAGAUUUAUGGGUCGAUUUAAUGCGAAUGGCAAUGGUUUUCACUUCGCUACUUUUUUAAUUGCAAAAAUCGUAGCUUGAUACAUCUCACCAUUAUCAGAUUACCUUUUCGAUAUCCCCGAUGACUUUUUUCCAAAGAAUUACAGACUCUGCAGCUCCAUGAGAUGUCACUUUGCUAGUCCAUCUGUGCAGAUCUACAGCUCCGAAGCCAACCAUAUUUCAGUAAGGUUGAAAAAGUGAGUGGGGAAAACCACCGCUGAAAAUUUUUUCCGAUGGUCUAGCCAGGAUUCCUACCCAGGCGUUCAGCGUCAUAGGCGGACAUGCUAACCUCUUUGCUAUGGUGGCCUCCUAAAAAUCAGAGUUGCAAAAAACAUUAAUUUUGACAGAUAGUGCACUCGAUUUGUUGUUGUUGGACAACUGCACUUACCUCUAUCGAUUUAUCUUGGGUUGAGUACAUAGCAAAACAAUUAAAGGGGAUCUCAUUUGAACAACAACCACAAAUCACAUGGUACAAUCCGCCAUCUUGUCAUCAAGCGGAACGACGUUUAGCCAACACACAUAAAGAAUUUUGUGUGAAUACGUAUGCGUACGUUUGCAAGAAAGAAGAUAACAACAAAGAGAAUGCAAACAAAAAUCUGGCAUCUUAAUACCGUCAAACCUGGCCGGCUGUUAACAGCUGUUCGCGUGAGAUCACCUUUUUAAAUCCGCCUUUGGUUGGGUAUAGAUUUUUAUUCUUUACCAAGUGAUUAUACUUCUUGAGUGUACCCUGUGAUAUACAAAGCAGAAGAAAGCAUUCGUUUGAGAUAAAGCAGCAUUCACUGAAUAAGAUUAAAGGUCUGGUUAGGCUCUCGUAAAUGUACUGUAAAUAUAGAAUAAAUGUAUCGUAAAUGUGGAGAGGCAAUUAUGUUUAUGACAAAACGAAGCAUUUGAUAAAACAAUUUAUGAAGUUGAAGUGGGGCUGGCACCGAAGAAUUUCAUGCAUACCUGAAGGGCAGGACGGAGGAGACUGUCCUACACGAAGUAUUGGUAUGAGAAGUCGAGACGUCUUUCCAACUGAAGGAAUAGGCUAUAGCGGUCUUCCUAAAUAAUGAAGGAAUACUUAACAACGUGGAAAUAUGAUCGGUAGUCACUGCCACGUCGGAUUGUAUGCUACGUAGCAGGCCUAUCAACACGAACUUCGGAGAUUGUAUGUUCAGGGAUGGCGUGAGAAUUAUCGCUUAUGCGAACGACUUCCUGAAACUGAUACGACACAAAUUUCUGUCAAAGAUCAGCGACAUCUUAGAAAUGCCACUGUCGAGAUCGGCUACAACAAAAUUAAGGAUGAUAGAGCUGGCCCUUUUCACUCGGAAAUAUAAAUUACAGCCCAUAUGGCUCCAAUAUGGAGUCAGGAAACGAAUUCGGUAUUUCGGUGAAGGAUGAGUGUACGCUCCUUCAGGCAAAGUUCUGUGCCAUAACGACAGCCGCAAAAGAUAUUUUAGGAAGGGAUUUUCCGUCUUCUAAACUCAGUAUUUAUGUGAACAGUAUGGCAGGCCUCAAGGCAUUGGGUUCGAGGACAGUGAGAUCGAAGUGCGUGGCGGAGUGUUUGAAAUCUUUGAAUAGACUCUGCGCUCACGACAUAGCGCUAAUUUCGUUUCCCGUAUACGAAAAUAUUACGGUGUGAUCUUGGUUUCGCCAAAAAUAGUUUUCCCUAUUCACAUUCGUUUCAAAAAAUAAAUACUAGGUGGCCGCAACUCACAGUUCGAUAAAUUAAAACAUGUUUUGUCUGCAAAUUCAUUCAAUUUGCAGAAACAAAGGUAAACAAAAGAUUGAAAGAAGAAGGAAACCUUGGACUCGUAAUUUGUUUGAAAAUUUUGGGAAAUUUCAAAAUUGCUGCGGCUUUCCCGUUGGCUGUCUUGUUGAGGCCAAAUUGUAGAUGUUUUUAUACCCUCCACCAUAGGAUGGGGAGUAUACUAAUUUCGUCAUUCUGUUUGUAACGACUCGAAAUAUUCGUCUGAAACCCCAUAAAGUAUAUAUAUUCUUGAUCGUCGAAACAUUUUAUGUCGUUCUAGCCAUGUCCGUCCGUCCGUCUGUCUAUCGAAAGCACGCUAACUUCCGAAGGAGUAAAGCUAGCCGCUUGACAUUUUGCACAAAUACUUCUUAUUUGUGUAGGUCGGUUGGUAUUGUAAAUGGGCCAUAUCGGUCCAUGUUUUGAUAUAGCUGCCAUAUAACCCGAUCUUGGGUCUUGACUUCUUGACCCUCUAUAGUGCGCAAUUCUUAUCCGAUUGGAAUGAAAUCUUGCACGACGUGUUUUGUUAUGAUAUCCAACAACUGUGUCAAGUAUGGUUCAAAUCGGUGCAUAAUCUGAUAUAGCUGUCAUAUAAACCGAUCUUGGGUCUUGACUUCUUGAGCCUCUAGAGGGCGCAAUUCUUAUCCCAUUUGAAUGAAUUUUUGCACGAAGUAUUUUGUUAUGAUAUCCAACAACUGUGCCCAGUAAUGUUUAAAUCGGUUCAUAACCUGAUAUAGCUGUCAUAUAAACAAAUCUGGGAACUUGACUUCUUAAGAGUCUAGAGGGCGCAAUUUCUAUCGGAUUUGGCUGAAAUUUUGCAUGACGUAUUUUAUUCUUACUUUCAACAACUGUGUCAAAUAAGGUUCAAAUAGGUUCAUAACCUGAUAUAUCUGCCAUAUAAACCGAUCUGGGAUCUUGACUUCUUGAGCCUAUAGAGGUCGCAAUUAUUAUCCGAUUUGUCUGAAAUUUUGUACGACGGAUCCUCUCAUGACCCUCAACAUACGUGUUUUUUAUGGUCUGAAU